UCGAGGUACUAUUUCUGGGUUAGCGGAGUCUGUAACCUGAAGCGUCUGUAACCCAAGGUACCACUGUAUUCCAGUUCAUCUGCAGGAAAUGGGCUGUGGGAUAGUAAAGCGGCUUGCUGUGGGUUUUGGGUAUAUGUCCUCACUGUCACCACAUCCUCCUUACAGUCCGCAGCCAAGGAAACACUCCAGCUCACCUGUAGGAAAUUCUGGGAAAAGGCUUCCUAUUUGACGCUAUAAGCCACUGGACAAUUUGAAUAAAAACAUUGAUCCUCGCCUUUCUGUUCAUCCUUUCCUUUGCACUACGGGUAACUCAGGAUUGCCCCAAUGAGCUUAAUCUGACUGAGGCACUGUUUUUAUCCAAUUUUCAAUUAGCAUACAGGCAGGUAAACAGACGAAAGCAAUAGCCUUUCAGUAAUUUGAAUCCUUGCUUCGAUUUUAACACUUGCUGGACCCAGGAAUUAGAAGCCUAUCCCAGCCCCCACCAAACUCAUAACAAUAUUAUUCCAAGAUUAUAAAGUGCAGAGUUAAUUCAGUAAGUUUUCAAAGAUAACCUAGCCCUGCCUUCUGUGUAAUCCAUUGGACAACAGCUACUGCGUCUGAGUUCCUUGCACAAAGCUCUACUCAUUCAGUGUUGAGCUGUUCCUAAGAAGAGAUUGUGAGAAAAUCCAAUUUAGAAAAACACUCUCGAAGAAGACCCAAGAGGGGGAAAAUGAGGGUGGGGUGGGGUGGAGACUGCAAAGGAAAUGCAAGACAAGCUCCGGCUACUUGAUGCAAGACUAACAACUAGAACAUGCAGGAUUUAUUAUCCAAAAACAAGAGCUUCAGUCUGAUGCAGAAAAGAAGAUGACAGACAUACCCGCACUGCUCUAAAGCUACUUUGAUAGCUGCACAACAGUAUUUUUAGCCAGAAAAGUAGUUGAGACAUGGCUGUGGAUACAAAACAAAAGCAGUUUUUAAAAAUGCACUUUAUGAGGGCUGGUACUGAGCAGGGAGACCUGUGACUCAUUCUCUCCUGAUUGCAUUGAUGACGUUUAGAUAAAAAGGGAGCUUUGCAUAAGAAGAGAUUGGCAAUUCUGGAUAUGUUCUACUGAAGAUGGCUGAAGUGGAUUUAAGCAUGUCUGGUGCCCCAUUGUCUUUUUCUUUUGGAGCUAGUGGUUUUCUUGCUGUUUAUGAAAUAGGUGUGAUCCGGGGCUUCUUGGAACUUGCGCCUGGAAUAUUGAGGUCUGCGCCAAAAAUAUAUGGAGCAUCAUCUGGCUCAAUCAUAGCAGCAGCUGUGGUGUGUGAACUUAAUCUGGAUGAUGUAAAAAGGUUUUUCUAUAGGGCUGCACAAGAUACCAGGAAACCCAUAAUUGGCCCUCUUGCCCCUGGUUGCAGUGUGGUUCGUAUCCUGCAGAAAAGACUGCACCAAAUUCUGCCAGAGAACUCUCACCAGAUGGCCACAGGGCGGCUUUAUGUUUCUCUCACCCGUCUGGUAGAUGGCCAAAAUGUUGUGGUUUCUGAGUACAGUUCCAAAGAGGAGCUUAUCCAGGCAUUGGUUUGCAGCUGCUUUAUCCCAAUCUAUGCUGGCUUCAUCCCUCCCUCCUUCCGAGGUGUGCGGUACGUUGAUGGAGGUUUCACUAACUUGCAGCCUUGUUCCGACUUGGAGACUGCCAUCACCGUGUCUCCUUUCACAGGAGAGACUGACAUCUGCCCUCGGAACUGCCCAGCAAUGUUCUACGGCUUUCAUAUCGCAAACUGCACCAUUCAGAUAUCCAUAGAGAACUUGUGCAGAAUUAGCUAUGCCAUAUUUCCACCCAACUGCCGGGUUUUGAAUGACUUUUAUUCACAAGGAUAUCUGGAUGCCAUUCUCUUCUUGCACAGAAAUAAUAUUUUUGAAAUCUGCUCUCGUGCCAAAACAGUUGAAUUUCUUGGUGUCUUCAGUAAAAAAGAGUUGUUCCAUGCUGGUCAAGCGGCUUCCUGCCAACAACCAAAGAUGGACGUUCUCAGCACGCCUAUCAGGACAGUUCCUAAAGACUUCUCCAAGCCCUCUAAUUGUAAGAAUGGUACAGUCCAUAGAGCAGGCAGCAGACUAUUGCCACAACUGUCUCUGCAUUGUCCGAAAGCUUCAGCUAUCUUACAAAUGCAGAAAACACCCGGAUUGCUAAGUAUGGUAACAAGAUUCAUAUUGCAACAAAUUACAUCCAUUAAACCUUCUACAAGAGCGGCAUGGUCUUUCUGUAAAAGGUUGUGGCGUGUUUUGGAAGAGAUCAGCUGGUUUGGAAGACAGUUCAAAAGGUCUAAGUGAUGGUUUGUCAGAUGCAACCGGAACAAAGUAUUGACAAAGCAUAUUGCUCUCUAAAGCAUGAAAGACGAUUCACCGAAGGCAGAAAGGAUCUGAAACUGCUGCAGAGAGCAUCCAGCUCUUUUGCCUUCAUACAUGGAAAGUGUGCUGCCUGUCAAAAUUCUGCGGGUGAUAGGUUCCCCCUCCCCAAAUUAUUACAAACUGCAUAAAAUAGUCCAUGACAUCACAAAGCUCAGCAAUGCAUGGUCUCAGAGGCAAGAGAAUGACAGGCCAUCCCCCCUCCAUGUUGUAUUGCUUCUAAAUUAUUCAAAUUUGAGGUGCUGCUAUGAAGAAAAAAGAAAUAUAUAUUUUCAUUUCUGUAGGCAACUGCUAGAAUAACCCAUAAAACCUUGAGUGAGUCUGCAGGUCAGAUCUUUUUUUGUGUGUGCACGUGUGUAACAUCUUUACUGAAAGUUCAAAAAGUACAUAACUACUGUAUUUUUCACU